AUGGCAUCUCGAGGUCCAGUUCCAGUGAAGCUAUUCAAGAGAGAGGCCGCGGAAACGCUGCGCGUCGGCCCCAUGACCAUUAGGGUGUACGAGGAUGGUUCUCUUACGGAGAACCGAGUGAGCGGCGUGCUUCUCGAGAUUCCGCCCGGGGCAUCGGGGCCUCCCAUGCAUUGGCACAGAUUUCAUGACGAGCUCUUCUUGGUGACGAAAGGGACAAUGCGAUUCGUAACCCCCGACGGCAACGUGGACGCCUCAGCUGGGGACCUGAUGACAGUUCCACCUCGGGCUAUUCACACGUUCAAGAAUGCGUCCGAAACUGAAAGUUGCGAGUGCUACAUGACCGCGACGCCGGCGCACUAUGUGGACUACUUCCGGAUGAUUGCCAAAGCAACCAAAGAUGGAAAUCCAAUCCCCUCUUCUGAUGUAAAACAGAUGAUGGCCCUGUUUGGAACCUUUCCGCCGGACGUGGAGUCGGAGCCUUGA